GAUAAAAUAUGCCGAUUCAAAUACUAAUUAAAAUUAAUUAAUCUUUCCUAUUCAUUCGUUAAAUUACAUAUUUGCGCAUAAUUAAUUAAAAUGUUAUUACAUCUCGUUUAUUUUUCUUGCAUGUUUUGUUUUUUUGUUACUGCAAUAAAUGAAGACUAUAGAGGCUACAAAGUGUAUAACAUACAAUUGGAAACAUUAGAACAGCAGAAAAAUUUAAAGAUUUUGAAGAGUGAUCUAAUAGACUUUUGGACAGCCCCUAAUUACAAUUAUGGCGUCGUGGGCAAGGUUAUGGUGCCACCUUCUCAUUAUGUCUGGUUCGAAGAAAAACUGCAAGAGCUGGGGGUAAACAGGGAUGUGUAUAUUGAAGAUGUUUAUGAGUACUUAACUAAAGGGGAGAACAGGGCGAGGUUACCAAGGAGUGUGGAUGACGAGCAUUAUUUUGAUGUCAAUAGAUACCACAGAUACGAUGAUAUCCUGGCCUAUCUUCGCAAACUACACGAGCAAUCAGCUGACUCUUUAACCAAGGUGGAACUGGUAGAAUAUGGAGUCACAGCCCAGAACAGACCUCUGGUCUAUUUGAGGAUAAGUCGUGGUACCAAAGAAAAUAAUACUCCAGAAAAGCCCAUAAUUGUAAUCGAAGCUGCCACAAAUCCACGAGAUUGGGUUACGAUUCCAGCUGCAUUGAAUAUUGUGGAAAAUCUUUUGAAGGAACAAAGAUUAUUGGAGUAUCUUGAGUGGAUCGUAAUUCCUGUUUUGAACCCAGACGGAUAUGAGUAUACUCAUACCAAUAUUCGGCUCUGGCAAAAAUCUCGGAGCACUAACAGUAACAUGGGACACGUUUGCCCCGGUGUCAAUAUCAAUCGCAAUUUUGACUUUGACUGGCAGAAUUUUGACACCAGCUCUAGUCCGUGCAGCCAUUUAUACGCUGGAGUGGAACCAUUCUCAGAAAUCGAAAGCAGAAUGAUUCGAGACAUUAUUAACAAUAAUGCACCUAGAGUCAAGCUGUAUAUGUCCUUACAAAACAAUGGAGGUUAUAUUUCAGUUCCUUGGUACUACGAAAGAGCUGCAAGUGGAAUGUUUAGACAGCAUUAUCUUUUAGGUCUAGAUAUGGUAAGAGCCAUCAAUGAGGACUACAAAUUAGAUAUAGGAUCAAAUGUAUUUGAUAGAAUUUCUGGUACCAGCACUGAUUAUAUAAGAAGUAAAGCAGUUUUAUAUACUUAUAAUUUUGACAUAGUACAACGUGGCAAUGGAGUGAUUAUACCUGAGGAAGAUGUAAGUGCUAUAGUAAAUGAUGUUUGGAAAGCUACCAAAGUUGCUGCCGAAGAAAUGAUCAGAAUAAAUACUGCAAAUUAUUCCUUGUUUGUUUUACCCGUGUGCUCCUUUUUUAAUCUAGUCCUAUUAAUUUGA